AUGAAGCUGUUUUAUUUUUGUACCAUAGAGGGCUGCACAAGAAAAUAUUCAACCCCUUCAUUUAAUAAGGAGCUCAUUUUUAUUAAUUCGUAUUUAUGAAAUUAUUUUUAUUUAGAAUUUUUUUAUAAAAAAAAUUAAAUAACUAGAUGUUAAAAUUUCUAUAUUAUAAAGAGAUUUAAAUUCAAUAUAAUUAAAAUAUGCGUCAUUCUAAUUUUCUAGUCGAUCUAAAAUUUAUGCUCUGUAUAUUUAAUUAUCAGGUUUGAUUUCCAAGGUAAAUUUAUUCCAGCUAUGUCAGGAAUGCAAGUACCGGAUUGUUUUCCCUGACCUUAGAAAGUACCACCUAUCCUAGGCGGUGAAAACAGGGACCUUUAGGAUGCCUGAAAGACCCAAGUAGGUAGCUUGAGCUCAAAGAAGAUUCAUGAAGCCUAAACUUCAAGACUGAUGUCUUCGCCUUGAAAUAAAGUCAAGGUAAUCUCUUUGGCGGGCUGGGGGAAGAUAGCACGAGUUCUCUCUAGAGUAGCUGUAGUAGCAGGCAACCUAGCAGUGGACAUAAAACGAAUAAUAUUAAUCAAUUUAAUACUAUAGUAAUUGACUUAAAUUCAAUAUAAUUAUUUAAUUCAAUUAAUUACUUUUUAUCAUUACAAUUAAAAAUGGAGCGCAUGAAUUAGGGUCCUUGUUCCCUAAGGUCAUCCUAGUGAGGGAAGUUCAGACUUUCUGAAGGAUAUAGGCGCUGGAACUGCUUCGGCAGUUCUUACAGAACUUGAAUCAACGUCAAGAAAGAAAGAGAGACUUGUCUAGGUCAUAGGCUACUGUAACGGUUUGACGGUUAGGCCAAUUCCACCUACCGUUGUUCAGAGCUGUUAGCCAGUGAUGGAAUUCAGGAAGGACGGGCUUGCGUGUCAGAUCCUAAGCUAAGUGGGGGUCGACUGAGUGUUAUCGUAAUCUUAAAUCUUAAAUCUUAAAUCUAAAACUUUUUAUCAUAAUUAAAGGAUUUUGACCUAAGUUCGUUAAUAAGUAGGAGUUAGACAAGUUCAAUUUAUCCAGGCAUAUAGAUGCUUUUCACAAAGGUGAUAAAAAGUACGAGUGCCCAACUUGUCAUAAAGUUUUGUCUUCGAAGCAAAAUUUAAAGGAGCAUGUUUUCACCCAUUCCGGUGACAAGCCUUAUCAAUGUCUAGAAUCUGGCUGUGGGAUGAAGUUUAGACAAGGAAGUCAGCUGUCCGCUCAUAAGAGGAUCCAUAUUGCGGUCCAGAAAUAUUCAUCAAAGAUUGGAGAAAAUUCAUCAGCGAUACAAAAAGAAAGACCAAAAAAUUGACUAGCAAAUUUUGUGGAAAAAACUGAGCAAUGCAAUAUAGAUGAUAUAAAGCAGCUAGAAGGAAAUGAAAUACCUGCACUUCCAACGAUAGGAAAUGCACAAAAUUUCACCAGUUUGCCAACUUAUAUUUUAUAUUCGUACAAUAAUUACUAG